AUGUCUUCUUCAUCCAGAGAUAUGAGAGAUUGGUUCAAUCAUGUCCAUACCAAUUUCAACGAAGAGCUCGAGAAGGACAUUCCUUCUAAUGUGUGCAUUUUCCAAGUCCCCAAAUCACUCAGCUCUGCCAAGCCCGAGGCUUAUACCCCCCAACUCGUCGGCUUAGGACCCUAUCACCACCUUCAGCCUCAGCUCACGGAAAUGGAGCGCGUCAAGCUUGACGUCGCGAAGAAGCUCCACAAGGAGUUCAAUCACUUGAGCGUUGCCGAGCUCGCGAGCAAGCUUUCCGAUUUGGACCUUUCUGUCCGCGCGUGCUACCACAAAUUCUUGGACAUGGAUUCCAACAUGUUGUCAUGGAUCAUGACUGUCGACUCGCUGUUCUUGUUCUAUCAGGUCUGCCAGCACGGCAUCAACAAAAGUUUCCUCGAGUCGUCACCCUUUUUGGAGGACUUAGCCGACAACACGGGCAAGAAGCUUGCUGAUGCCACCAUCCGGAGGGAUGUCAUGAUGUUGGAGAACCAAAUCCCAAUAUUCUUCGUGGAGAAGAUGUUGAAGCUCGGCUGUGAGCCGCUACAAGUUGCGGAGCAGAAGACUAUUGUCGAAGAGAUCCUCCCCCGCAUGCUUGUGGGGUUUUGCAAAGCUCUGUCACCGCUCAAAGAGACGAUAAAUUGUCCCGCCGCCAAAGCUUUGAAGUGCGCACAUUUGUUGGAUCUUCUUUAUAGCAUGGUCGUGUCAAGAGAGGACGAGGUCAAGAUUGCUAUACCCGCUGACACCAUAAAAAUCGAAGGACAUAAGAUCGAGGUUCACGGAUCCCUCGACCUCGUGAUAUCUACUGAUGUUCCGGAAGUGCUUAUUCCUCCUCAGAAUGUUAAUCAUGUGGCAGACAGUAUGGUCGAACUUGUAGCGAACUCCAAUUUAAGAAUCUUGCGGAACAUUAAACCCCAGGCUCAGAUGCUGAAAAGCAUGAUGGAUCUCUAUUCGAAACUACCUUCACCCACCGACUCAUUGGGGGUGGACGAGGCUCCCGCAGAAGAGAAGGCAUUGAUUCCGACAGCAUCCUCUCUUGCCAAAGCGGGCGUAAAAUUCAGCAAAAUAAAGUUCAUAAAGGACAUAUCGUUCAAUGAGAAAACGCACACGUUUCAACUUCCCACUAUCAAAUUCGUCAUCAACUCGGAAGUUGUGAUACGGAACUUGGUGGCGUACGAGGCGAUGGCCAUCUCCGGUCCCUUGGUGUUCGCACGCUUCGUGGAGCUAAUGGAUGGCCUAAUUAACACACUGGACGACGUGAAGUUGCUCAAGAAACACGGUAUCAUCACUGGCCGUCUCAAGGACGGCGAAGUGGCACGUCUAUUCAAUGGUAUGAGCCACUCUAUCGAUGUGCACGGCCCUUCCCAACUGGACAAGACGAUCAAGAAAGUCAACGAGUUUUACAACGCCGCGCCGAACAUCAAGACCCAGAAAAUGAUAGAGCGAUACGUGUAUCGCCUUGGAAGGAGGCUGCGGGAUGGAUUAGCAUUGUUAAACCUGCGUUGCUUAGGCAGAUCUGGAAGGAAGGAAAGCCAAACUGGAGAUUUUGCUGCACCGCCCAGGAACGCUGAUGGAUGCUCUGGAAAGCUUCGUUGUAAUUCAGCCAUGGAAAUGGAGACCCCCUUUGGAGUUGUUGAUCAAACGAAAGGAGGAGAAGAUAAUUCUCCACGUGGGCAAUCGAACUCUGUUCAAUGCUCUUGA